AUGAUGGACGAAGAAGCCACGAAGCGUUACUGUCAUGACGAGGGACUGAAGCCCAAACCAGCUGAGCGAGAGAGUAAAGUUCAGGUCAGUCAGGAUGAGAGAGAGAUCACCGUCCUGCCGCAGAGGAAGACGGACACAAUGGCCGAGAUGAAGUUGCCGGAGUCAGGCUCAUCCUCCUGCUGUUCGAGUUGUAUCAGUCUGAAGGACAGAUGUCCUCGACCUCAGGGACUCAUCAGCCUGCUCAUCACUAAAGUGUGUCUGUUUGCUCUGCUGUUUGGAGUUGUCUGGUCCAUCACAGGAAGUGAGUGUUUACCUGGAGGGAACCUGUUCGGCCUCGUCAUCCUCUUCAUCUGCUCCGUGCUCGCAGGGAAACUGGUGGGAAUGAUUCAAUUUCCCACGCUACCCCCCUUACCUCCUCUACUUGGAAUGUUGCUGGCAGGUCUGGUGUUGCGUAAUGUUCCGUACAUAACAGACGCCGUCUUCAUCAACACUCACUGGUCUGCAGCUAUGAGGAACAUCGCCCUGUCAAUCAUCCUGACCAGAGCUGGGCUGGGCCUCGACCCUUCGGCAUUGAGUCGUCUGAAGGCGGUGUGUGUGCGUCUUGCGGUCGGCCCCUGUUUGGUGGAGGCGAGCAUCGUGGCUGUGGUUUCUCACUUCCUGUUGGGUCUGCCCUGGGUCUGGGGCUUCAUACUGGGCUUUGUCCUGGCUGCAGUGUCUCCAGCCGUUGUGGUUCCUUCGAUGUUGCUCCUGCAGAAAGAGGGAUACGGAGUGGAGAAGGGAAUCCCCACCUUGCUGAUGGCUGCUGGGAGUUUUGAUGAUAUUCUGGCCAUAACAGGGUUCUCCACGUGCCUGGGGAUCGCCUUCUCUACAGGUUCCACGUGGAUGAACAUCCUGAAAGGUCUCCUGGAGGUAGUGGGAGGGGUCAUCGCUGGGCUGAUCCUGGGUCUGUUCUUGUGCUGCUUCCCAAGCAAAGACCAGGAGGACCUUGUGUUGAGAAGGACUCUCAUGUUGUUGGGUCUGUCCAUAUUUUCGGUCUUCUUCAGUCACGUUGUUGGUUUUGCCGGAGCCGGUGGGCUCUGUACGCUGGUGCUGGCCUUCCUUGCUGCUCUGGGCUGGAAAACCGACAAAGCCCCGGUGGCCGCCAUGGUGGGUCAGGCAUGGGAUGUUUUCCAGCCUCUCCUGUUUGGUCUGAUUGGAGCAGAGAUCACCAUAGCAACACUCAACCCCAGCACCGUUGGUCUGGGUCUGGCCUGUAUCAGUAUCGGUCUGGUGUUGCGUCUGCUCGUUACCUUCCUGCUGGUUCAUUUCGGAGGAUUCAAUCUGAAGGAGAAACUCUUCAUCUCUGUGGCCUGGCUGCCGAAAGCCACCGUACAGGCUGCUAUUGGCUCGAAGGCGUUGGAUAUGGCGAGAGAGGGAGGAGAUGAGGCCUUAAUAAAGUUUGGAUUGGAUGUGCUAACGCUAGCUGUGUUAGCCAUCCUCACCACAGCUCCCAUAGGGGCACUGGGUAUCGGACUGGCAGGACCACGCCUGCUGGAGCGACAGGUCAAAGAUGACGUGGAGGGCGAAGCCACGACUCCAAUCAGCAAUGCUAUUGGUGGAGAAAAAGACAACGUGACCUUUGAGAGCAGGCUAUGAAGGCUCUGAUUGGACAAACUGAGAAACACUUCAAAUACCACUCCUUAUGUUCACUCUCUAUGCAGAUGAUAAAUAUUGAUUUAUUAAUGUGUAGUU